AUGGGCAUCUUUGAAGGCGUUGCAGGCAGACCUGGUCCGCUUUGUACCGAAGUUUCGCGAUCCAAAGAAAAGCGUCGCAGAGCUGGAUGCUCCGACGAAAUCGAAGACGACCUGGGACUUCAGGACUUCUCCCACAUUUUACCGCAGUUGGAGGACUUCAUGGAUGCUGUCUAUGGACAAAAUCGCACCCUGGUUCUCAAUUUUGCCACUCAGCCCUGCUGGCUUUUUGGCGAUGCAGAGAACAAGACGCAGAACUGCUCCUACCUGAAAACCCAGAUGAGCCGUUCUUCCGCUACGUGCGUGGUAAUAGGAAAAACUUGCUGGAUCCCAGCGGAAAAACUUUGGUUUCUUACUUUGGACGACUUCUCUCCUAUAUUGUGA